ACAACCUAGUAAUCAAAAUUUUUUCCGAGUUAGGGGGUUAAAAGGAUAUAUACUUCUAACCCAUAAACCUCGCAACACAAUCCUCUCCCUCGAACUAGAUACCUCCAGGUAUUGUGUGAGAGACAUGGAUGAAAUCCGUAUCGCUGCUGACGCCUAUUACAAAGCUCGGCCGGAGAAGAAGAAGAAGAAGGUUGAGAAGAGGUUCCAAAACAUCGACAUCAAUCGCGAUGGAAGAGUGAGCAAAGAGGAGUAUGCUUCUUUAUAUGCAAUGAAGAAGCACAAAUGGCCUAAAUCUGAACACUUUACUGAGUUAGACAGGGAUGGAGAUGGAUACCUUGACCUUGAAGAUGCAACUAUCUUACACUACCUUGCUAUAUCAAGGAGGGAAUGUGAUGUGUGUGGUCUGUUCAUAAAGGGCAUGUUUUAUUCCUGUGAGAAAUGCUUUGAUAGGUCUGAAAAUGGCCAUUCCUACAAUCUCUGUGUGCCUUACUUUCAAAGUGGAGAAUUCAAGCACAAGCAUGAUACCUUCUUGGAUAACUAUGUACUGCAUGAGAAUAGAUAUAAGAGAUCCAAAAUUAAAGAAAUAGCUGAAACUGCAACAUUGGAAACACUGGGAACAAUAGCCACCACAUGUGCUAUCGUGUGAAUAACCUUUGGGUAGGCUGGAAAACUGAAGACUUGCAUCAACUGUUGCUCCCAAAAUUGUUGGAAGUGACUCUCUCUCUCUCUCUCUCUCUCUCUGUAUGUUUUUUUGUGUUUUACCAUCACCAUCAUUGUUAGUAGUUUUUCCUUAUUUUGUAAAUGAUUUUAUUUGUAUGAGAAAAGUUAUAUCAGUAAUAGUUUAAUGAGAGCUAAUUGAGUUA